GUUACGCAGGGAGACACGCCCCACAGAAACCUGACGCUCCCGGAAAACCUUGUGCCGUUUCGCUGCUCAGGUAGUCGACAUAUUCUCGCUAGAUAGGCACUUGGAAACACCUCAGCAGGGAAAUAACCCACACUGCGAGAUAACUCACACGGUUGCAGACGGUUUUGAGAAUAGUUAUUUUUAAGUUUAUUUAUUAUUUCGUUAUUAUUCGCUCAGGUUUGUGCUCGGCAGGUGAAAUUAACAGUAGAAACCCUAACCCCUGGCGCCAGGGGCCUGUCGGCUCACCUUGGAAAACAACCUGGAGAAGUGAGCAAAAACAACAGAAGUCAGAGAAGAGGAAGAAGAGAAGUUUGUGUGCGUGUUUUGAAGAUUGUUUUCACCUUUAGCUGUCUAGUCCGGGAAUUAAGCGACGAUGGACUACAUGGACAGUGGGAUGAGAUACACCCCAAAGUCGGAGACGGACUGGGACACCUCGGUCCAGUUCCUGCCAGCGUCCGAUUCCAAAAAGCUCGAGAAGAAAAAGGGUCCCGGGAAAACGGGCGCUGUGAUAGGUGUGCUGAUCUUUGCCACUGUUGUUGCACUUAUGACCGGAUUGCUGGUCUGGCAUUUCCACUUCCGUAAAGACGUGCGGGUCAAAAAGAUGUACAGCGGCUCCAUGCGGAUCACCAACCAGGUGUUCGAGGACGCCUACGAAGACCCCAAAAGCCCCGAGUUUAAAGCUCUGGCCAAACAGGUGACUUCACAGCUUAAAACCAUCUACUCCAAGACUCCACAGCUGGCCAAAUACUAUGUCGGCUCAACGGUUCAGGCCUUCAGUGAAGGCAGUGUCAUCGCCUACUACCUGUCAGAGUUCAGCGUGCCUGUGGGCCAAGAGGCAGCUGUGGACGCCUCCAUGUCUUCCAUGGACAAGCUGGUGGACAAAGCCCAGCGCACCCUGUUCCCACCUGGCUCCUCCCUCGUCUUUGACGAUGUGGUGUCUUCAGCACUUGAUGCCCGCUUGUUCACAUCAUCAUUCAGCAUGUUUAACAGCUUCUCACAGCACACACGGUCCAACCACAUAGGGACGAUCGAGUCGCCCGGCUUCCCUGACAAACCUUAUCCUCCCGACGCCUUCGUGCAGUGGCGGCUGAGGGCCGACCCGGGCUACGUCAUCAAGCUCGACUUUGACACUUUCAAUCUGGAGGAGAACUGCAGAAAUGACUUUGUCAAAAUCUACGACUCCCUGGUGGCCAUCGAGAGCCGCGUUCUGGAUGAGAUUUGUGGCUACUACUCCCCUAGUGACCCCCUGACCUACUUGUCGUCCCGUAAUGUCAUGCUUGUGACGUUGGUCACAAACGAAAAGAAGAGCUUUCCUGGUUUCAGAGCUCAUGUCUCACAGAUCCCCCGUAGAAGUAAAGAAAUGACUUGUAGCCGCCAGCUCACAGGUUCAAAAGGCAACUUCACCUCCCCCAACUACCCAAAUUACUACCCACCUAACAUUUUCUGUGAAUGGAAGAUCGAGGUCCCUUCUGGUAAAGUUGUGAAGGUGACAUUCAACAAGUUUCUCCUCUCCGAGCCAGGGCAAGAGAACAGCGCCACCUGUGGCAAAGACUACGUGGAAAUUGACAGUAAGAGAGUGUGCGGAGAAAAGCCCGACGGCACCGUGACUCAGACCAGCAGCACCAACCAGAUGAUCGUGGCGUUUCGCUCCGAUGAGUCGUACGUGGACCGAGGCUUCACCGCCGUGUUUGAGGCCGUGGACAAUAACGACCCCUGUCCCAAACAGUUCCAGUGCAAGAACACGCGCUGCAUUAAGUCAGCGCUCAGGUGUGACGGCUGGAACGACUGCGGAGACAUGAGCGACGAGAUGAACUGCAAGUGCAAAACGUCCGACAUCCAGUGUAAGAACGGACUGUGCAAGCCCAGGUUCUGGGAGUGUGACGGCGUGAACGACUGUGGAGACGGCUCAGACGAGAAGAACUGUGGUGGGUGUAAAUCUGGAGAGCUAACAUGUCACAACGCGAAGUGUGUUUCUGAAAAGAAGCGCUGUGACGGCAGAGACGACUGUGGGGACGGCUCAGACGAGCUGGACUGUGCAAGAGUCACAGAAACACGAUGCACAGAUCUGACAUACAGGUGUAAAAACAACAAGUGCAUCAAUAAAGUGAACCCAGAGUGUGACGGGACGAGUGACUGUGACGACGGAUCUGAUGAGGCGAACUGCGACUGUGGCAGGAAUUUGUUCAAGACGUCGCGCAUCGUGGGCGGUCAGGACGCGGAGGAAGGGGAGUUUCCCUGGCAGGUCAGCCUCCAGGUCAAGAAAUACGGGCACGUGUGCGGAGCCUCGAUCAUCAGCCCGCGCUGGCUGGUCACGGCGGCACACUGCGUGCAAGACGACGCCACCAACAGGUUCUCCCAGCCUGGCACUUGGGAAGCAUUACUGGGGCUCCACAUCCAGAAGCAGAUUGGCAGGAAUGUAGUGAGGAGGAACCUGAGGCAGGUCAUAUCCCACCCUCACUACAAUGAGUACACCUUUGACAACGACAUCGCCCUCAUGGAGCUGGACGGUCCCGUGAGCUACACGGACUACAUCAGGCCCAUCUGCCUGCCCGCAGCCCAGCAUGUCUUCCCCCCAGGAAACUCAGUAAUGAUCACUGGAUGGGGAGCCACUCGAGAGGGAGGUUUCGCUGCGACGGUGCUCCAAAAGGCCCAGGUCCGCAUCAUCAACAGCACCGUGUGUAACGAGCUGAUGGGAGGCCAGAUUACGUCACGGAUGAUGUGUGCCGGAGUGCUCAGCGGAGGCGUCGAUGCUUGUCAGGGAGACUCUGGCGGUCCUCUGUCCAGCCCCUCGAGCGGCGGUCGCAUGUUCCUGGCCGGGGUGGUCAGCUGGGGUGACGGCUGCGCCCGCAGGAACAAACCUGGCAUCUACACGACUGUCACCAAGUACCGUGGCUGGAUCAAGGAAAAAACAGGAGUGUAGAGCAGAGGAAACGGGCCAGUGACAUGGACACUAACAUGGACUCGAUGUACUGCAGCACAGAUCUUCUUUUCCAGCUGACAUCAGUGGGGAGGCCUCGACGUCACUCCCCUCCACGGCUGCGGUGGGACGGUGCACCGACUGCUUGGAGAGCAACUGCAUCAAAAGUUUAUGUCUGCUGCAAUUUGAUGAGGAAGGGGAAGACCUGAUUUUGAUUAUAUGUUUUGAACUGUAAAUAAAUGUUUUAUUUUUGUGUUUUUAAGCUGUUGUUGAUGUGCAGUGUGUGUUUUGGAGGACAAUGUUUUAUGUGAUUGUAUGUGACAAUAAUGUACACUAAAGGAUAUGAAAUGCACAAUGCUUCAAGAUGUUGUCCAGCAGUCAUGUUAUAGUUCUGCUGUCCUUUACCAGUGGCUUUAAUAUGAACUGCACCCCCUCUGUCACUACUUGUCUUUGUCCUGAAUUUUCUAAAGGGAAGCAGAAUGACGCAAACUCAAGUCCAUCCUACCUCCUAUGGCUUGGUAUCUCAUGCAUUUAGUUCUUAUGUUGAGAUUUUUGUCCAACCAAGAACCCUGACUUGACGGGAAUGAGUGCAAGUUCCUUAUGUGAUUGUUAGCUUUUAGAUGAAUUUGCUUUUUUUUUCUUUCAGAAUUGCAUUUCAUUUAAAGAUGUGAAAUACUUUUAUAUCAGAAUAAAACAAAGAGAAACAGGUG